AUGUCGAACAAUGAAUCGAGUUCGUCGCUUGAAAUGAUGUCAGCCGCUCUUCGCGCUGCGACCAAACUAGCAGCUGAAAAUGACCAAUCGGCGGAAAUAACACCAGAAAUGUUAGCUAGCGCAAUUAAAUUAGCAGCACUUUCAGCUGAUAAACAAGAACAAUUAACACCUGACAAUAUUAGUGCUGCAAUACAAGCGGCCAAAGCUACGACCUCCAACAAAGUAGAAGAACGUCACCAAAACUUGACACCUGAAUCAUUGGCAAUUGCAUUGAAACUCGCAACCAAAGCAGCGGCAAACAGUGGCGAUGACGACGAUGUGGAUGAUGAUCAAACAAUAAAUCCAGUGUUAGCAGCUAUGAAAGCAGCGAUUAUAAUGACACAAAAAGAACAAUCCAAUGACCUAGCAACCGCUGAAACAUUGUCGAAUGCACAUAAACUAGGAAAAGAAUAA